GUGGCCAACAUCCUCCUGAAUGGUGUGAAAUACGAGAGCGAGUUGACCGGCUCCAGCGAGCAGUCAGAACAGCCACUGUCCCUGCGACGCCUCUGUUCCACCAUCUAUAACAUGCCCAAGGCACUGCGAAAUCUCUGUGUCAACCACUUUCUGGGGUGGCUCUCAUUUGAGGGUAUGCUGCUCUUUUACACGGACUUCAUGGGCGAGGUGGUGUUCCAGGGCGACCCGAAGGCACCCCACACGUCGGAGGCCUAUCAGAAGUACAACAGCGGUGUGACCAUGGGCUGCUGGGGCAUGUGUAUCUACGCGUUCAGUGCCGCCUUCUACUCAGCUAUCCUGGAGAAACUGGAGGACUGCCUGAGCGUCCGUACCCUGUACUUCAUCGCCUACCUCUCCUUCGGCCUGGGCACGGGGUUGGCCACACUCUCCAGGAACCUGUAUGUGGUCCUGUCCCUCUGCACCACCUAUGGCAUCUUGUUCUCCACGCUCUGCACCCUGCCCUACUCCCUGCUCUGCGAUUACUACCAGAGUAAGAAGUUUGCAGGGUCCAGCGCAGACGGCACUCGGCGUGGCAUGGGAAUGGACAUCUCGCUACUUAGCUGCCAGUACUUUCUGGCUCAGAUCCUUGUCUCUCUGGUCUUGGGGCCCCUGACCUCAGCUGUGGGCAGUGCCAACGGUGUGAUGUACUUCUCCAGCCUCGUGUCCUUCCUUGGCUGCCUCUACUCCUCCCUGUGUGUCACCUACGAAAUUCCCACUGGUGAAACAGCUGACGAGGAACACCAGCCCCUCCUGUUAAAUGUCUGAUGUCUCAGAAUCUCGACUUUGGACUUGAAGGUGGUCAGUCUGCUGCAGGCUGGCCACUGAGAAACCAAAGGCCUUGGCAGCCAGCCAGACUUCCAAUGUAAAUAUGUGGUAAAUAAACGACAGCAGCAAAGCC